CACCCACUCAACCCAUCUCUGCAAUUCCCAAUCUGCCCUCGUCAAUCUCGGUGCGCCGUAGAGCAAGGUAGGGUUUCGUCCCCUUCCACGACCGUCCCGAUCCGGCGGCUCCAUCCACCCCCAUGGCGGCAGAGGGCGAGAAGAAGGUGAUCACGCUCAAGAGCUCCGACGGCGAGGAGUUCGAGGUGGAGGAGGCGGUGGCGAUGGAGUCGCAGACCAUCCGCCACAUGAUCGAGGACGACUGCGCUGACAACGGCAUCCCGCUCCCCAACGUCAACUCCAAGAUCCUCUCCAAGGUCAUCGAGUACUGCAACAAGCACGUCCACGCCGCCGCCGCCGCGGCCGCAGCUUCCAAGGCCGGCUCCGACGACGCGAGCGCUGCUGCCGCCCCGGCCACCAACAGCACUGCCGCCUCCGGCGAGGACCUCAAGAACUGGGACGCCGACUUCGUCAAGGUCGACCAGGCCACCCUCUUCGACCUCAUCCUGGCUGCAAACUAUCUCAACAUCAAGGGACUGCUCGACCUCACCUGCCAGACCGUUGCUGACAUGAUCAAGGGCAAGACUCCUGAGGAGAUCCGCAAGACCUUUAACAUCAAGAAUGACUUCACCCCCGAGGAGGAAGAGGAGAUCCGCAGGGAGAACCAGUGGGCCUUUGAGUAGGGAAGCGUUCAAGGCUUGAUCUCCUUGUUGUCUAGAUUUCGUCGUAUCUACUACCUUGGUAUGGUCUGCAUUUAUGUGUCCGCAUAAUGUUUGUAAGUAUUUUUAUGGGUGAAACUGAUGUGAUCACAGUUCCGUACUUCUGAGUCACUUAUAUCUAGUUAAAUAUCAUGACUCAGGUGGCUGCUUCCCUAAGAGCUUUAGUUUGAUUGUGGUGGCAUGGUCUUUAUUCUCUGUGGAUGUUUUGCGAUGGAAAUUUCAUAGUGAAUCCCAAUACAGAAUAUCCGUUGUUAU